AUGCAAGUAAUAACAGCCAGUGGAGCAAUCGUCGCUGCCAAAUACGAUGGUGGUAUUCUCCUUGCAUCUGAUUUGUCUAUUACAUACGGCUCAAUGUUUAGACAUAACAAUGUUUCACAUUUCGUUGAAGUUGCUCCAAAUAUCAUCAUUGGAGCCUCCGGCGAAUUCGCUGAUUUUCAAACAUUAAUUGAAGUUAUUAAAUCUGUCAUUCUUCAACAGCAAUGCAAGCACAAUGGAGAAUAUUUAACAGCCUCCGAAGUUCAUAAUUACAUUAAGCGCUAUAUGUAUCAGUGCCGUUCUAAUAUGAAGCCACUCAGCUGCAAGGUUAUUGUCGCAGGUAUUAAUCCAGACGGUAGUAAGUUUUUAGCAUGCACAGAUCCAUACGGUGCCUCCUGGGAAUCAGACCAUAUCGGCACUGGUUUUGGUAAAUACUUACAAGGCUUGCAAAUUGCAGAUGUCGUCAAUGGAAGCUUCGACGACGUAAAGAAAGGUAUCACCGAAGUAUUUAGAGCUGUUAACGCUAGAAAUACAACCGCUAAUGGUAAAAUCGAAUUUAUUACUGUCACUCCACAAGGUAUCAACCAUUUGGCCCCAGAACAGAUCGAUCCAAACUGGGAAGUUGUCGAAGGCACAUGGGAUCAGUAA